AUGGCUUCAGAAGAAGAUGAAGGAAAUGUAGUAGCUGUGAACAUGGAUAACAUACAACAUGAACAACAUGAUGAUGAUAAUGAUAGUGCUAAAAAGUUUUCGUCACAAAUUGUUCGAAAAAGAGAUUCUCUUGAACUUGAAGCUGGCGCCACCUCUAAUAUUACACAUAAAUCCAAAGGUCCAUCAACAACGAUAAUACUACAACUAGCAUUUCAAAGUCUCGGAAUAGUUUAUGGAGACAUUGGAACUUCACCAUUGUAUGUGUAUGCAAGCAUCUUCCCUAAUGGCAUAAAUCACAAUGAUGAUAUUUUGGGAGCUCUUUCCUUAAUCUUCUACACCAUCACUCUCAUCCCCCUUCUUAAAUAUGUCUUCUUCGUCUUAAGGGCCACCGAUAAUGGCGAAGGUGGAACAUUUGCUUUGUACUCUCUAAUAUGUCGUUACUCGAGAGUUGGACUAAUUCCAAAUCAACAAGCAGAGGAUGCAGAGGUGUCAAAUUAUCAGCUGAAAUUGCCAAAGAGAAGGGAGAAGAGAGCAUCAAUUGUUAAAUCUACACUUGAGAACAAUCACUUUAUGAGGCACUUCCUCUUAUUUUCCACUAUGCUUGGAACUUCCAUGGUCAUGGGUGAUGGUGUUCUCACCCCUUGCAUAUCUGUUUUAUCGGCUGUUGGAGGGAUUAAGCAAGCUGCUAACCAAAUAACUGAAGAUCAAAUUGUAUGGAUAUCAGUAGCAAUCUUGAUUGGCAUUUUUAUGGUUCAAAGGUUUGGAACUGAUAAAGUGGGUUACACUUUUGCUCCCAUUAUUUGUAUAUGGUUUGCAUUCAUUGCAAUUAUUGGUCUGUAUAAUUUCAUCAAGUAUGAUCCAUCAGUUAUAAAAGCAAUAAAUCCAAAAUACAUAGUACAUUAUUUCAUCAGGAAUAAGAAAAAUGCUUGGGUUUCUCUUGGAGGCGUUGUUCUUUGUAUAACAGGAAGUGAAGCACUAUUUGCUGAUGUUGGACAUUUCACAGUUCGACCUAUACAAUUAAGUAUGUGUUUUGUGACUUACCCUACUCUUGUUUUGGCUUAUUCUGGACAAGCCGCCUUUCUUCGCAAACACAACGAUGUUGUGGCAGACUCAUUCUACAAGUCUGUACCAGGUCUUAUAUAUUGGCCAAUGUUUGUGAUUGCUGUUUUGGCAGCAAUUGUAGCUUCUCAAGCUAUGAUCUCAGGAACUUUCUCUAUAAUCCAACAAUCCCUAUCAUUGGGAUGUUUUCCUCGCGUGCAAGUUGUACAUACAUCGGCAAAAUAUGAAGGACAAGUUUAUAUCCCAGAAGUUAAUUACAUCCUCAUGAUUGCUUGUAUUGCCAUCACUAUUGGCUUUAGAACCACAACAGAAAUUGGCAAUGCCUACGGGAUAGCUGUGGUAUUUGUGAUGUCACUAACAUCGUCUCUUCUCGUGCUAAUCAUGAUCAUGAUAUGGAAGACUAACAUAUUUUUGGUCAUUACCUAUGUUCUUGUAAUUAGUUCAUUGGAGCUUGUGUAUUUAAGCUCAGUUUUAUACAAAUUUAACGACGGAGGUUAUCUUCCUGUUGCAUUUGCCGUGUUUCUAAUGUUCAUCAUGUUUGUUUGGAACAAUGUGUACCGAAGGAAGUACUAUUACGAACUCAAUCACAAGAUUACACCAGAGAAGCUUAAGGAUAUAACCUCUGACAUAAGUUUAUGUCGAUUACCUGGUCUUGCAAUGUUUUACUCCGAGCUUGUUCAAGGUAUUCCACCUAUUUUCAAGCAUUAUGUUGCAAAUGUUCCUGCACUACACUCUGUCCUUGUCUUUGUUUCCAUCAAAUCCUUGCCUAUUAGCAGAGUCCCAAUGGAAGAAAGGUUUCUUUUUCGCCGAGUAGAGCCUAAGGAACACAAUAUAUUUCGAUGUGUUGUUAGAUAUGGAUACAUCGAUGUGCGCAAUGAGAACGAGCCUUUUGAGAAGUUAUUGGUUAAGAAGUUGAAGGAGUUUGUUGUUGACGAAUAUCAUUUUUCUAAAAAAGUGAUACAAGAUGGUAAAAAUGAUGAACCACAAGAAGCUUUGGAUGAAGAAAAUGUACAAGAGGAAAUUGAGAAAGAGGUUGAGGUAGUUGAAAAGGCAACAAGAGCUGGUGUUGUUCAUUUGAUUGGUGAAAGUGAGGUGAUUGCUGGUGAUGGAGCUGGCAUUGCAAAGAGAAUUUUGAUUGAUUAUGCCUAUAGUUUUUUGAAGAGAAAUUUGAGACAAAGUGACAAAAUAUUUGAUGUUCCUCACACACGUAUGGUUAAGGUGGGAAUGACUUAUCAACUAUAA